AUGGCUUUCAUAUUAACGGAAACGGCAGCAGGGUAUGCGCUUUUAAAAGCUUCUGACAAGAAGAUCCACAAAUCAUCGUCUUUGAUCGAAGAUUUGAACUCUUUGGAAAAAGUUUCCGACCAAUUCAAAGUUCAUCGUUUUGAAAAAUUUCAAAGUGCAGCCAACGCUUUAGAAGAGGCUAAUGCUAUCAUGGAAGGAAAAGUUUCCGAUAGCUUGAAAAAGUUAUUAGAGGAUGCCAAAUCGGACAAGAAGUCAACUUUAAUUGUUUCAGAAACCAAAUUGGGUAAUUCUAUUAACAAAUUGGGAUUAAACUUUCAAGUUGUGUCUGACGCAGCUUCAUUAGAUUUGCACAGAGCAAUUAAAGAAUUCUUGCCGGAAUUAUUACCGGGCUUGGAUAACUCAGCCCUCAACCAAAUGUCAUUGGGGUUAGCACACUCUAUUGGUCGUCAUAAGCUUAAGUUUUCAGCAGACAAAGUUGAUACUAUGAUUAUACAAGCCAUUGCAUUAUUGGACGAUUUGGAUAAGGAAUUGAACACAUAUGCUAUGAGAUGUAAGGAGUGGUACGGAUGGCAUUUCCCUGAAUUGGCCAAGAUUGUCACCGAUUCAGUUGCAUUUGCCAGAAUUAUUUUAACCAUGGGUGUCAGAUCAAACGCUGCCGAAACAGAAUUAUCGGAAAUCUUACCUGAAGAAAUUGAAGAACAAGUAAAAACUGCCGCCGAAGUUUCAAUGGGAACUGAAAUUACCGAAAAUGAUUUGGAAAACAUCAAGGCCUUGGCCGAGCAAAUUGUUGACUUUGCUGCAUAUAGAGAACAGUUGUCAAACUAUUUGAGUUCUAGAAUGAGAGCAAUCGCUCCAAACUUGACCACAAUGGUGGGAGAAUUGGUUGGUGCUAGAUUGAUUGCCCACGCAGGAUCUUUGACGUCGUUGGCCAAGGCCCCUGCUUCUACCGUUCAAAUAUUGGGAGCAGAAAAAGCUUUGUUUAGAGCCUUAAAGACCAAACAUGAUACUCCAAAGUAUGGUAUAAUAUACCACGCGUCAUUAGUCGGUCAAGCCAGUGGUAAGAACAAGGGUAGAAUCGCCAGAGUCUUGGCUGCUAAAGCUGCUAUUUCUUUGAGAUACGAUUGUUUUGAUGAAGAGAGAGAUGAUUCAGAAGACUUUGGUUUAGAAAACAGGGCCAAGGUUGAAGGAAGAUUGAGUCAAUUGGAAGGAAGGGAUAUGAGAACUACUUCAAAGGUUAGUAGACAACAGCCAAAGAUUGAUAUCACUGAAGCUAGAGCUUACAAUGCCGAUGCUGAUGCACCCGUGGCUGCUGCUCAAGACUCUGAUGAUGAGGAUUCCGAAACAGAAGAGGUUGACGAAAAAGUGGAGGUAAAAGAGAAGAAAUCAAAGAAGGAUAAGAAAGAAAAAAAGGACAAGAAGGACAAGAAGGACAAGAAAGAAAAGAAGGACAAGAAGGACAAGAAAGAUAAGAAGGAUAAAAAGAGAAAGAGAGAGGAAGACGACGAUGACAAACAAUCAAAGAAGGAGAAGAAGUCGAAAAAAUCCAAGAAAGAUUAG